GCGACUGAAGUGGAAACUUAAAGGAACAGUGUAAACAGUCUUUUUUGAAACGUUGAGUGUGACUGGAGCUGCGGUGGAAAGUGGUUGGUGAGAGUGCGGUGUAGCAAACUCCUGUAAAGCUUUCUGAUUGAGCCGAGAGUUGCGCCAAUGGCGUACGACACAGCUGGCAACGACAGGAGUGGAGGGGAGCCUGCUUGGGUCAUGCAUCAAAUGCAGGCAAGCUCUAAACCGCACUGGCCAUCACAUUUUAACUCGGAGAAUAAUAACUGGAACGGCACCAUGGAUUCGACGCCAUACUCUGGAUACCCCGCAAACUAUUGGUAUCCCCAGUCGCAUACGACAGGACCUUAUGGAAAUGCGUAUCCUCCAGGCACGGAGGUAAACGGGCAACCGCCCUAUCAGCAGCUCUCGGCGUACCCCAAUGGAGUUUACAAUCCUCAACAGUACUCCACAAAUAUGCUUCAUCCAUCCAAUCCGUUCUACUGUGCUGAACAAAUGCCACCCCGGCAGCCUCAUUACCACAAUCAGGGCUGUCCAGAACGAAGUGCAGCACAACCAGCACCACCUCCUUAUCCUGUUCAACACUGUCAAGGGGUACAUGGCCCUGGCUACCACCCAGGCUCUUACCAGCACUAUGGAGAAGGGGGUACCACGAUGCCCCAGAAUCCUCCAUACCAGGGCCAGCAGGCCAUGCACUCCAGAGCCCCACAACCAGAAGCCUGGGCUCAUUCAGGGGGCUACAGCCCCUCUCCAGCCCCACAACAGCAAUGGCAGCCCGGAAACCAAGCACCGCACGGUCCCUAUGGCAACCACGUCAGGCCUCCCCACCCCCCUCCAUGGCAAGGACCAGCCCCUCCUCCAUAUGAGCACAAGGACCAUCAGUUCUCUGGGCAGCAUCCACAGGCUCAUCCACAGGCUCAUCCACAGGCUCAUCCACAGGCUCAUCCACAGGCUCGUCCACAGCCCCUCGGGCCCAAACCUCGACCCAUCACGCCCAACCAGGCCCAGGGCAAGCCCUCGGAGUUCAGCGCUCCCCCUCAACUUUACAAGCCAGGAGGCGGGAAGGUGCAGGAGCCCAAGCCAGCUCAGGCCGAGCCUCCUCCUCCUCCUCAGGCGCCCAACCCCACCAGAGCUCCGCCAGGCCCCCAGCUGAGUGACAACCCCAGUCUCGCCCGCGUCCAGCAGGUCAUGUUCCGGGUACAGCUGCUGCAGGAGGACGUGGACGAGUUUGUGGGCAAAAAGACGGACAAAAGCUACCGGUGCCUGGAGGAGCUGCUGACCAAAGAGCUCCUGGUGCUGGACUCGGUGGAGACCAACGGUCAGGAAGUGGUCCGGCUGGCCCGCAAGGAUACCGUGCAGAGGAUCCAGGGAAUACUGGACCAGCUGGAGAAGAAGGCCUUCUGAUUGCGUGUGUCUGUGUGUGUGUGAGAGAGAAGAGAGAUGGAGAGAAAAAUGGAAGGGAAAUGUGGGAACUUGGAUGUUGAGGUUCUCCAGAUUUUUUUUUUCUUUUCCAUUUUCUUUUUCUGUUGUCUCAAGGCACUCUGCGCACUGUACUCCUUCUCCCUGGCUUGCACUGACCAUUUCCGUUCAGUUGACCGCAUGAAUUAUGAGAUGUUAGACUUUGGGCCUUUUGUCUCAUCUCUUUGAAGCUUUCUGCAUUGAAGCUCACUUUCUGUAAGUCUAACACAGACGAAAAUGUGGUACUUUGCAGUUGAUAAUGAUGCCGUUAAUGGGAUUAGAUCUGACUGCUGUUGUCCAUAUACUAUUUUUCUUCCACUAAUGAUGAGACAUUGAGGUUUCUUUUGUAAGGACAGAUCAGUCACUGUAACAGUGGACAUCCUGUUUGUUUUCUCUGGAUCUGCAUGUGGAACAUGCUGACACUCUUGUCCAUCCUCUCCAAAACCCUUCGAGCUGGUGUUCCCCUCCUGACACAUAUCCCAGCAUCCUUUGUUCUUUAUCUCCCCACGACAAUUUCCUCUCCCAGUCUCAGUUCCAGAGUGGGCGCUAAUGCGCACUGGGAACAUUUGGCCAAAGAAUUGUCCUUGUUAAUGUAAUCUGAUUGUGUGUAGUUUUUUCCAAAACAAUAUCAGUGGUUGACAUUGGCAUCAUUUCCGAGAGCAAAAUUGUAGCUGUAUGGCCAAAGCCAUUUGCCACAACCCAGAAGGUUAUAGUACUUAAGAAUAUGGAUUGAGGCUGUUGUCCCUAAUUGUUUAAGUAACAGAGAGAAGAUAAAGAAAAACCCAAUCCCAUUCCUACGCUUGUUCCUGCUUGGUGUGCUUUUUUUCUUUUUUUGCCGUGUCGUCAUGCUGUUGUAACACUUUCUAAUUUGGAACGGUCCUUUGUAUCUUUUCAGCUCGUUCUUCUUGUUCACAACAUGUUUGCGAUGAGCGUCCACAUUUCUCAUAUGGUUUUACUGACUGCGCCCUUCUGUCUUCUAAUAUAUAAAACCUCCUACUGCAUCUGGAGUGGGUUUCUUACUUUUGCACUUGAUCAGAUGAUGCAGCCUAAUUCAUAGAGUGCCCUGGCACAGCCUUUAAGUAAACACCUGUUGGUGCCCUUUCUCACACGAUUUCAUAUCUGCUCUCAUCUCGUAUUACUUUGAAGUCCUCUGCCGGAGUACCUAACGCAGCAUCAUACUGAGAACUUUUAGUGGGAAGUGGAUCUGUUUAUAAGAGUAAAGAUAUUUAGGCCUCUUGAUGAGGUAUAUACAUAUAUGUAUGUAUGUAUGUAAGACAUUUUUUUAGAGAAAACACCUGUGUAAACGACAUGUACUAUAUAAAUAUAUUCAGCAUUAACAUGAAAGAGACAAAGCGGGUUGUUUCAUGGUCAUGGCACUUUUCAAAACAACCAGACAAAAGUACCUUUAACAUCACACUUUGCACCAAAGUCACCCCCCUGGCCACCUUCUGCUGGUCCUCUUCCAGAUCACAAGCAUAUCUGUCCUGAUUCUCUAUCUGAAAGAUUUGUGCCAUACUAUCAGCAGGUGCUUUUAUAUGUAAAGAAAAAAACUGGAGCUGUGCAUGGACAGUAAUGUUUAAAUUGUGUUGAUCAUUGUGUUAUUUCUCUCUAAUCCUGUAAAUAAUCUGUCUCGCUAUCAAACUGAAACGUAUAUAUAUCUACACUUUACAUGCAACAUGAGAGAUAUAUUUGUAUAAGGUAGAAAACACAGAAAUCCUAAGGACCAACAAAUCUGCCUGCAAUUGUUUCUAUAUGUAAUGCAUGGUUUUGGCCACACAGGGGUGCUGUUUUCCUAAUAAGUGGAGGAAAGCAGCAUUGGUGGUGAAUCACAUUAAAUCUAUCAGGAUAUUGUUAA